GAGUUCCAGCAUUUUUUCGCUGGCUAUCAAAGAAGUACCCGUCGAUCGUAGUCCACUGUGUAGAAGAAAAGGUGAGUCGGUUGAAGGAUUGAUAGCCUGGCUUGUUGUUGAUCUAACUACACGUGUUUGAGAUUUAUAGACAUUUAGACAUUUAGACAUUUAGAUUUUUAGAUUUAUAGACAUUUUAUCAUUUAUUUCCAGGCCAGCUCCAAAGAAUGAAGAUGAAAUGAUGGUGGCUGUUUUUGAGUACAUUAACAGGUACUUUUUUGGGGGGUUAUUUUUUACUCCUGGUUGGAGAGAUGUACUGUGUACAUAACCUGUUUUACCCAAGGACACAACAAAAUGACCUGGUCUCAAACCUAGACCUCUAGAACAGAAGCCUAGUGCACCAACCAUUAGGCCACCACAUCUCUUGCUUAGGGAACACUCUGUAAGAUUUUACUCUCAGUUAAUGCCCACGUCUCAAAUGGAGGCUACGUGCCUGGGAGACCUGGGGGCUGAAACCACAGUUGCACCCUGAGGUGCUUGAACACCAGAUUGGCCUGCUCAGCCUGCAAUCCAGCCUGAAACGUCCUACACCAAGCGCCCAAUGAGCACUGUCACACAAGAGCCAGAUAGCUGAGUAGAGGAAAACAUGAAUAAAGAAGUGAAUCAAUAAAUAAAAAAAAUAAAUAAAUAGAAAUAAACACUGCAAUUAGGGUUGGGGGGGGGGACAAAAUGCCAAGAUCCGCAAUCUGCAAGGAAAACAACACCACACCAUAGAAGAGUGAUUACAAUGCAAACACAUGGUAGAACAACACAUGCACUGGUAAGGUCUACCACUUGAUAAGGACGGCCUCAAGGUCCCAAUGACCACAGUACUGCUCCAAACAGAAUGCAACAAAUGCUGCAUGAAUGCCAACAGCCAGCCAAGACAUUUAUCAAACACCUCAAAAUGCUACUGACCAUAUUUGCUUCUAGUUGUUAUCUAUGGCAUAUUCCAUUUAACUAUAUUUAACAUUUAUUACCCACUACAGUCAAUUUCUAUUUUUUUUUUACAGAAUCUUCUCUAUAGUUAGACCCAGAAAGUUGCUUUACAUGGCCAUUGAUGGAGUAGUAAGUAGCAUUUUGCAAGUAUAUUUAUUAAUCUAUUAUAAAAUAUAUAUUUAUUUUUCUAUUUUGGCUUAUUUAUGAUAAUAUUUGUGCAUGUUUGUCUUUAAUUUGUUCAUUUCUAUUGCAGGCUCCAAGGGCAAAAAUGAACCAGCAAAGAUCUCAUCGUUUCAGAGCAUCUAAAGAAACCAAGGUAGUAAUGAAACAGUAACUCAAUUAGUGCAAAUGUUUGCACACUACAGAUGAAAACAUAAUGGCGGGAAAUGCUAAAUUUUAAGCUUUUUUAGGGAAAAAGUAGAGGAAAUGGCAAGAAUUUGAAGUGAAUCGAUUGAAAAAGAUAUUCAAAAUGAUACUUAAAUGUAUAUUACUUUCUGUAAGUGCUACUUAUUUUUAUGGGCAACAAACUUUUCAAAAUUGGAAAUGAUGUAUCAUAUCCAAAGUUGGGUGAAAAAAUAAAUCAUUGCCCAUGGUUGUCUGAUCAGACAAGUAAGGUCAUGUUUUUUAUAGUCCAAAUGGAAAAGUUACCCCUCCCAGAUGUUCAGACAGGCCAAGUUUCAUGCAGUUUGGAAUUUUACACCUACACAUUUUGUUACUUUCUUCUGUAGGAGCUCUUUUACCACCAGAAAAAGGAAAAACUGAACACUUUGACAGUAACUGUAUUACACCAGUAAGUGUAAUUGUGUAAAAUUGGUUCUGGUUGUUCAUUGUGAAGUGCAAUAGUCAUAUUUAGAUCAUUAUCAUUUUGUCACAUCCAGUAUUAAAUAGUCAUUAACCAGUGUGGAUUGAAUUUGUCUGCAUACUGCCAGUACUCUUCAGGCAAUGAGGUUGGUGUGAUUGUUUGCAUGCUGUGAUUAAUGAUUCCUAACCCUUCAACUCCUGUGAGUGACCAAGACAGAAUUUCUCUGUACAAUAUCGAGCAGACAAGUGAUGAGAAUAAAGAAAAAUAUCAAUUAGGAGUUAUAAGUUGAUUCAAUACCAAAUUCUUCAAACUAACAUUGCAAGAACUGUAUGGCAGACAGCAAGGAGAAUUAACAAUGAGAUCUUGAGAGUUAAAGGGUUAACAGAUGUUAUUGGUAUAUUUUGUAUGUUACAAGGAUGACAUCUGUAAAUCAUGCCUUUUACCUGUACAUGAAAUCACUAAGAUUGUGAACAAAAAGAUUUAACUCUUUAACUCCUAUGAGUGACCAAUACAGAAUUUCUCCCAACAACACUAAUACAAUGCCAAGCAGACAAGUAAUGAGAAUGAAGAAAAAUAUCAAUUAGGGAUUAUUAGUUGAUCCAAUACCCAAUUCUCCGAACUAACAUCAUAAGAAUUAUAUGGCAGACAGUAAUGAGAAUUACUAAUGAGAUCCUGGGAAAGAAAGGGUUAAAUCAUUCCAAAGUAGGAGGUUUAUAGUGGUGUGCCUCACUCUAUGAUCUGAAAAGACUGAUGCUUGGACAUAAAUGAGUAAAUUGUCUCUGUCAUGCUCUUGAUUCUUUCAUGAUUCUAGUGGACAACAGAGAUGGUGGACUUGCUCACUAGCUGUGUAUAGUUUAUGUUCCUGAGUGAAGAUUGGCAGUUGUUUAUAACUGGUUGUAUGUCAUGUAUUUCAAAUGUGUAUUGGAUUCAAAAACUCCUCUGAGUGUGAAUUUUUCUUUGUUACAGGGGACAGAGUUCAUGACCAAUUUGUCCAUAUGUUUAAGAUACUACAUUGCUGACAGAUUAAACAAUGAUCCUGGAUGGAGGAAUAUAAAAGUAAGUACAUUGCACCUUAAUGUAAGUUUUAAUAGUUUUGUUCUCUUCUGGUGACUUUCAGUGACUUAGGAAUUUUUCGUAAUGAUAUCAAUACAUUUUUAAAUAGUCAGGUGAUGAGUAAGAAAGAAAGGAAAGUAUCAAAGCAAGGUAAUUGUUUGCUUGAACACAAGUUUCUCACAAUGAAAAUAAUUUAAACUGCAUGGCAGAAGUGCGUGGAAUGAUCAUUGAGAUUUCAGGAGUGUAUUACAGUAAAAAGGGUACCGGAGAACUGUCAAGGAAAAUUGACACAACACUGGGGUGACCUGCAAAGGAAUCCUUUACCAUUCAAGGGGAGCAACAACUCUCUGAGGGCUAACUAUGUUAAACAAUCUUAUAGGCAGCUUUAGCCUUGAUCUUCUAUAGCCUAACAUCACUAUGCAUAUUCUCCAUACCAGUCUCUAUACAUUUCCCUUGGUGCUGAGAAGGAGAAACACAGUGUACCUCUCAAGAGCUUCUCAGGUUGAUAAUCAUUGCCUUUAUUAUCAUGACCUUAAUGAUUGAUUUAGCAGUAUAAUUGUCAGCAGAAACUAGAUCCCAUUCACUUUUAGGGGGUUUAAGGGUUAAACUUUAAUGACGUUCACACAUGUCUGGUAUGACCGCAGGUAUCCCUUUAGUUAUUAAGCAGGUGUGUGUCUAAUAAAGCUCAUGAAGAUAUAGUGUUGUUUCUUUUGGAUUUAAGGUGUGAAUUAUCUUGAAUUAUUUUAUGUACAGUAUGCAUAAAUUUUUUAAGGUGAUAUUAUCAGAUGCUAAUGUUCCUGGAGAGGGUGAGCACAAGAUUAUGGACUACAUCAGACAUCAAAGAGGUGAGAUUUACCUCUCACUCCCAAGAUCAUAUGUACCUAUAGAAUGAAUUGGAGGGUAGCCAGUCAACUUGCUGUUGGAGAGCUAUACAGGAUAAUAUUUGGCUCUAGGCCAUAAUGUACAAAUUGAGGGAUAUGGGUCUGCACAUCAUGACCAUGAAUAAGAUAUUUUCCAUAUUUUUCUCCCAGAAAUGAUUAACAUGUAACUUCUCCCAAUAAAGUCAAUACGAUAUUUAGCAAACAGGUAAUGAGAAAACUCAAAUUCAAAUCUACCAGAUAGACAUUGUUAUCUUGAUCUAACACUGAUUUCUCAUAACUAAUUUACAACAAAAUGUGUUGCAGUCAGAAGGGAGAAUUGGUAAACAGAUCUUGGGAGUUAAAAGGUCAAGUGGCCAAACACUGGGUGGUGCAGACUUUUCUGUCCAUGUCUACCAUGGAUUAUUAUGUACCCUACAAAUUGCUCGCAAAUUAGCUUUGAAAAUAAAAUGAUUCCUGGACAAUAUUCAUUUGUAACUUUUUCUGUUUCUUUGACCCAGCUGAGAUGUUUGGAUAUUUUAGGGAGAACUUCCUUUUCUUCCUUUUCUUCCUUUUUUUUAUCUUAAUUAGUCCUUGUAAUAUAAGGACAUUUAAUAAACCUCUAACUUCACCAUAGUGGUAUGAAAAUUGCAGUUGCAUCUCUUUUUUUGUUUGUUUCAGCAAGUCCACAUCAUGACCCAAACACAAAGCACUGUUUGAAUGGCGCUGAUGGUAUGUUCAUGUAAAAUGCAAGUCAUAAUUGUCGUUUUAUUAAAUUAAUAAUAUUAGAUAAUUAGAGCUGACACAGUCGUUUGGUUUCUUUCAGCUGAUUUGAUUAUGCUGGGUGAGUAUUUUGAAGAAAUCCCGUUUUGUUUUAAGUGCUAAUGUUGACAAAAUGAAUUGAAAAAAUUUGGACUUACUCAUUUGGUCCUCUUUGGCAAAUUCACUGAUCAGAGACAUCCCCUUAAAAAUCCCAUAAUUUUCACCUCAGUCAACCUGAAGCACUUUUCCAAUGAGAAUUGUCUUGUUUUUAUUUUAACCCCAUUUUCUGCGGUCAUAGGCCAUGUUAUGGAUGAAUGUAUGGGUCUUCCAAAAGAAAAAUAAGAAGAGGUGAGUAAAAUAUGUGUCAACUUAACUCUUUUAGUCCCACAAGUGACCUAGACAGAAUGAGAAUAAAGAAAAAUAUCAAUUAGGGGAUUAGUGGUUGAUCCAAUUCCAAUUUCUCUGAACUAACAUCAUAUGAAUUGUAUGGCAGACAGUAAGGAGAAGUACUAAUGAGAUUUUGGGUGUUAAAGGGCUAAGCAGGACACAUUGUAAGAACAUACAUAUUUAUAUAUGUAUAUGUAUGUGUAUAUAUAUAGAUAGAUGUAUAUAGAUAUAUAUAUAUAUAUAUAGAUAUAUAUACACACACAUAUACAUAAUUAUAUACAUAUAUACACACAUACAUGUAUGUAUAUAUGUGUAUAUAUAUACUCAUACGCAUAUAUAUAUGUAUGUAUAUAUAUGUACAUGUAAAAUGGAAAUGGAAAUGUAAAUGUAAUGGGAAAUGUAGUUGCGUCCCUUUUCCCUCUCAUAAUAUUUAUUCUGCUCUGCUUCAACGUAUUGAGCACUUUUCCACACGAAAAUCGACUUGCAGACUUCCUAUAAGUACAUGUAUAUGUAUAUAUAUAUAAAGCACUACACUGUUAUAGUAAUUGCUUCCUGCACCUUUUAGCCCUUUGACCCCUGAAAGGGACUAGCGUCUAAUUUCAUCUUACAAUGCCGCCCCCCCCCCACAAAAUCAUACAACAGGGUCAUGAGAAUAAAGGAAAUGACCACCAUGAAGAAGUCCUCGAUUGUUAAACAAAUUCUCCCUGUCAGAACCUUAGUGUAUAGAAAACAGUUUGUAGAAUAUGCAUACUGAUGUUAGGUUGUAAAUGAUCAAAACAGAUACUUGCUUAUGUUGUUUGACGUUUUUAACGUAGUUUGAUGAGCUCCCUGCACCUGUGGCUCAAGAGUCUAUUUUCAUCAGGCUGAACGUUUUACGGGAGGUAAGAUAAAAUAUUAUUUGAGAAAAGAAAAAAAUUCAACAUUAAGGACAAGGUUUCAGUGAUUGCAUGAUUAUGAGUAUUAGUGAUAGCAAAUUGAUAAACUGGGCAAGACUGUCAGACAACUUCAGCAUACUUUCAGAUAGGAAUACCCAUAUUUACAACCCAAGACAAUUAUUUUAUUUCUUUCAGCAACGUUCAGUGACGUGUGAAGUCUAUUCAGUUUUGUUUCAAGGUGGUCUGCCAUCAAUCACGGGAACGAUGGGCUUCUGAAAGCAAAAACAAACAAAUUAGUUUGAAAUAAUUAAAUCAAAACUCAGUGAAAUAUCCGUCUCUUGAGAGGUCUGCAUCAUGGUUGAUGGCGAUAUUCACUCUCCCACACCACCCCUCUCCUUAUUCUUGAUCGUCGCUCACCCCCUUGAUACAAAUUUCUUUCUCUCCUCAGCCUUUCGCUGUCAUUGAAUUAAAAGAUAACUGCACCAUUUUGUUUUAUCAGCCUCUUUUUCUUGGAUGAUACUAGAGAGAUUUUCUUUCACAGUUCGGUUGUUUCUCUCCACCAAACCCUGGGUUUGCGGUGUUCGUGGUGCACCAUGAACAAGAUUUGUGUUGUGUGCCUCACAAAAUGCUCUCAUUUGCUUAUUUUUAAAUUCUCCUCCAUUGUCAUUAUGUAACACGGUUGGGAAAUCAAAUAGCCAGAAUAUCUUUCCAGCUGAUUAUAAUAUUUCCUCUGCCAUUUUUUGAACAAGAGCACGCAGCCAGGAGAAUUUGCUGUAGAGAUCAGUGGUGUGUAAAAUCCACUUGUGUUUUCGUCCACAGGAACACUUUUAAUAGCUGAUGAAUAGGCGUUAGGAUUAUAGUAGCAUGAUAGAGAUUGGGUGGAAAAGGAAUAAAGUCAGGGGGGUGCAAAGGGAUACAAAGGGAGGGGGUGCUAGGAGGAAAUGGGAGGGAAGAGAGAUAUUUUUUGAAUUGCUACUUUUUUAAGAGCCCCCUAAAAAGCCGUGCUCCUAUUUUUAAACACACCCUACAAAUUAAAUCCCUUUUAGAAAGUUACGUUAAAAAUGAAUCAAUAAUAAUAAUACUAGACGAUUUCAUAUCAGCUAUCUUUUAUUUACCAGUGUAUGUGGAAAUCGGGGUGUAUGUAUUAAUUAACAUCAGUUUUUUUAUUCAGUAACCAAGCUUAAUAAUGAUGUAAAAAUAUCCGUUUUGAGCUCAUUAAGUCUACAUGGGCAAGAAAAGAUUGUAAACAAGGCUUAUAAAAACUGUAAAAUGUGCAUGGUUUCCACGUAGUUUUAUUUUUUGGUUCCCGGCCCCCAGUGGAUUCUUGAUUUUAGAAUAUCUAUUUCAGUCACAACCCCAAUAGUUCUUCAAAAUUAUGGGUAUAACAACUUAAAUGGCCAUUAUCAGUGUAAUGAAACGUAUGAAAUACAGUGGAACCCCGCAUUACGGCCACCUCGUUAAUACAGCCACUUUUUUGUCUCGGCGAAACGGGCGCCCAUACAAGUUAAGUUAAGUUUAAAUUUACUUUAAAUUUAAAUUCUGCUUAAUUUUAAAUUUGCUAAAUUUCCAUGGCCCGUUAGUGGCCGUAUUGACGGGGUUCCACUGUGCAAAUGUACAUUGUCACAAUGUUUGAAUAGUACA